AUGUCGCCUUUUCAAUUCACCUCAUCUGCACCAUACCAGUCUCCUCACAUCCCCAAUUGCACCAGGCAACUGGAAGGACACCUGAUUGGUUGUCUGAUGAAUAGCCCUUCGGCUAAUAAAGAUGGGGCGGGCUUUCCUUCCAAUUUUGAUCCCCGAAUGGAACCAAACAUGCCUGCCACCAAGAAAGUGAUUGGGUGGCUGAACGAACUGCCAGUAGACAUCACCGCUCCAAGAUCAUUCAAAAAUGGAUGCUUUGAGCUUGAGCAUUACAACGGUUUGGAAGUUGAGGAUCUAAUCGAACUCCUUUGGCCAGACGAGGAUGCUGCCAUAGAGUGCUCUACAGAUGAGCUGAUUGCAUCACAGGCCAAGCAGAUCGAGUUUCUAACCAGCAAACUAUACUCUAUGGAGUAUACUAGGACACCCGAGGAGGUCACCAAGACGGCGCUGCGAAGUUCUCCGCCAUCGUACAAUGUGAGGUUGAUCAAUCGUUGA